AUGCCGCUCCCUCCUCGGCCGCCCAUGACCUCGAAAGAGGCUAAGCGAGCUCACAAGAAGGACCCUAUCAAGUUCAAGUUCACUGCCUCUCAAUUGAGACGAGCAGAGCGAGCCGAUGAGCUCGAAGCCCGUCGCCAGGAUGUCGAAGGUAAAGAGCGCAAACGUAAGGCCAAUCGUCGUCAGCGCGAGGAGAAGGAGGCCAGGGAUCGAGAAGCCCAGCAAAAGUUGCUUCAGGAAGGACGGAUCUCGGUUGAGGAUACCUGGGGAAAGGUGACGGCGAGUCAACCUCGACUCAACGCGUUCUUCUCGAGGCCGAUCUCGAAGCCUAAAGGAAAAGCGACAGCUAUCGCUAGGACAGCAACAGAGACCGAGAACGAGGAUGAAGUUCUGGAAAACAACGAGUCAGCCGAGCCAUCGCCAGCGAAGUCCCAAGGGAGCAUCGAGUACGAUUCACAGGGGGACACCUUGGUCGACAAGACUGCGUUGGACAUCCUGAAUGUUGAAGACGAGUUGUCGGACGCUGACCUGCUCAAAGCCUUGUCGCCGACCCCACGUGACCUUGUCGCGGACAACAAGCACGGUCUUCCAUGCUUAGCACCUGUUUCACUACAAUCCAAGCUCAGCGGACCACGUUCACUCAUUUCGAAGGAAUCUUCAACACCGAAGACGUCUAGGCAGAAGCUGAAGAGCGGCGUCGUGAUGUCAAAGCGCAAAGUUGAAGACAUGUCUGCGAACACGUCAGCCGAUCUCAGCAACCUAGCCGACCAUUUCGACGAUGAAUUUGGUCCCGCACCAGGCUACAUCGCUCAACCUGCAACCACCACUCCUCCUACCAGAAACGUCAGAAUCUUCUCAGACCGCACCGCACGCUUUGAGCACGUCUCUCCGCCUGCCCACGAGAUUACUGGUGACGACUCUCACGACGCCCUUGAGCACUACGGUCGCCCUCCUCUGCGUCUCGCAAGCGAUCCCGAAGUCUACGCUAAGUCGCGUUUCCUUGUCGACCACGGCAAACAACCUCAGCCAAAAGUCCUCGACAAAACCAUGACUCCCGAAAAGUAUCACGCCUUGAGCAAGGCCGAGAAACUCCGAUCCAAUCCUCGUACGCAGCAAUCAGCUCUAGGUGACCUAGAAAGCGAAGAUCGAGACCUCACCGCCGCCAUGAACGAACGCGAGGCCAUCGGCAAUCCGCCCGCCACUCCUGUUCUCCGCCAUGCUCGUCUCGCAACCCACCAACCUGCCGGCGCUCUCAACUCUUCCAUCUUCAACGACGCCGCGCGCUCAGUCGUUGGACUCCGUACAGCCACCGUUCUCGAGCUCCCUACCACCAACCCACUCACUUCUGAUUCCAACAACGCUCCCAAGCGCACCAAGACCUCCCACUCAACCAACCCGACUGCAGGCGGCCUCCCAAUCAAGUCCGAAGACGACCUGACUCCCGCUCGCGCUCCAGCUACGAUCCAGCCGAGCCAGAGCUUCAACAGCAUCGACGACGCCGACUUCCUGGCUGCGGAGGAGGAAGCAAAGGCCGUCUCUACACAGGAGGCUCUGGAUAUGGCACUCGAGGAGGUAGAGGCCUCCCUAGAGAAGAAGUCGAAGAAGUGA